AAAAAGUCAAUGUCCGGAAAAGUCAAUUCAGUCGCAGCUCCUCUUUACACAGAAGAAAGAUGAACCAAAUAUAACCCAUCUCUCGCUAUUCUUUUGCAAAAUCUCUCUCUCUCUCUCUCUCUCUCUCUCUGCCCAGAAGUUGGAAAUUUUGUCUUGUCAUUCAUUGUUCUUUACUCAUUCUUUGUGUCUUCGUUUGAAUUGGACGCAUACUGGGUGGUUUUCAUUUGGAUCAACAAAUAAGGAAGAGAUAUUAAUUAGUCUACAAUACAAUACAGAAAAUACAAAGAGAAUAUACAUAUCUAUAUAUAUAUAUAUAUAUAUAUUGGUUGAUCAGGCAUUAAAGAGGUGGUUUUGGGGGAUGGAAGGAUUAGAUGCACUCAUAGACAGACUGUUGGAAGGAAGGAAGAACAGAGGCAAAAGGAUUCAACUAAUAGAGUCUGAAAUUCGCCAGCUUUGCAUAACUGCCAAAGAGGUUUUCCUCAGCCAGCCUAAUCUCCUCGAAUUAGAAGCCCCCAUCAAUAUUUGUGGUGACAUACACGGGCAAUUCCCGGACCUUUUGCGACUAUUCGAGUACGGUGGUUUUCCACCAGAUGCAAACUAUGUAUUCCUUGGAGACUACGUGGACAGAGGAAAACAAAGCAUAGAAACCAUAUGCCUUCUUCUAGCUUACAAGAUUAAAUUCCCUGACAACUUCUUCCUCCUCCGAGGAAACCAUGAAUGCGCCUCCAUUAACAGAAUCUAUGGAUUCUAUGAUGAAUGUAAACGCAGAUUCAGCGUCCGACUAUGGAAGAUUUAUACAGACUGCUUCAACUGUUUGCCGGUGGCGGCGCUCAUUGAUGACAAGAUCUUGUGCAUGCAUGGAGGACUUUCUCCAGAGCUGGGGAGUUUGGAUCAGAUUAGAGCUAUAGAGAGGCCUGUAGAUGUGCCGGACCAAGGACUUUUGUGUGACCUGCUUUGGGCGGAUCCUGACAGAGACAUUAAAGGAUGGGGAGAGAAUGAUAGAGGUGUUUCCUAUACCUUUGGAGCAGACAAGGUUGCUGAGUUCCUCAAGAAACAUGACCUUGAUCUUGUAUGCCGAGCUCACCAGGUGGUUGAAGAUGGAUACGAAUUCUUUGCGGACAGACAGUUGGUGACUAUAUUCUCAGCACCGAACUAUUGCGGAGAGUUCAACAAUGCUGGCGCUCUUAUGAACGUGGAUGCGAGUUUGCUCUGCUCAUUUCAGAUACUCAAACCCUGGAGGAAUAACUAAUUAACUCCAACCCCACCAACUCAAAUCCAAAUCCAAAACCAUCUAGGAAGAACUGUAGAUUUUUCCACAUAUUAUGGUUGCAAAGAAUACUUUUUUAUUGCUCUGUGUUUUGGACAAACUUGGUUUAAACCCCCCUUUGUUUUCAGCUGCUGCGGAUAAUUCAUGUAACUAUGUAUCACGGAUCCUUGUAUAUAGAAACUCAUAGGCAUAAAUGCUCUACAUGAUAAUUUUUCUUUUUCCUUUUGGCUAAAGAGCAUUCGCCAUAUAUAUUAGAUACACUUAUUAUGCAAUUUUUAUUUAUUUA